CGCCCAUUUGCGAUCAGUCGUUUCCUUCUAUCGGAACUCAACUGUGCUUCUCCACCCUCGCACCGGAGCUGACUGUAGUUGUUUUACUUUCUCUAUUUACAGUAACGGACAAAAGCUAUCAAAAUAGGAAGACCUUCCACGUUUGUCUUUAUUACGAUCAAAAUGAAGAAACGUGGAAUAAAGCGCUCGAAUACUGAGUGGUAGAAUAAGCCAAGGACCGAAGCAACCUGCCUUUAAACCCAUCAAGUGUCUGAGGGAGCAGAGGUCAAAUGGCAAAGUGGCUGAAAGACUAUCUGAGUUUUGGGAGCAGGAGGAUGCCUCCUCAGCCACCCAAACCAGACUACACAGAGAGUGAGAUUCUGAAAGCCUAUCGGGCUCAGAAGAAUCUAGACUUUGAGGACCCGUACGAGAACUCUGAGAACCGGGACAGAAACGACUCUGGGUCAUCAGACUCUUCCCUUGCUGCCUUUGGUUCUCCUCUGAAGUCCGCCAGCCUGGAUAUGAAGGUUGUAUCUCCCAAACACCGCCUCAUCAAGGUGGACUCACAGGAGCUGGGGCGAACUAAGAUCUUACUGAGUGCCGUCUCCUUAGAGGAACAAGAGCCUGUAGUUCCAUCAGCCCCAGCAGUAGGGGACACAGAUUACUCUGAUCCGUUUGAUGCUCACCCAAACCCCUGGCCAGAGCCUGAUCUGGGACACGUUCCCUGUGAGAACAACGGCUACAUGGAGCCUUACGAGGCCCAACGUGUCAUCACAGAGUUGCAGCGUGGCCCCGGGGCAGGCCUUGCGCGGGGCGAGGUGCAGCUCUACGACACCCCCUAUGAGGAUGAACGGGGGCGGCCGUUGGGGGUGGGGCUGGGUUACGGAGACCUCCUGGAGGAGGGCAGGGAGAGCCGGCUGCCGCAGGAUGAUGAGCGGCCAGCAGAUGAAUACGAUCAGCCCUGGGAGUGGAAGAAAGACAACAUCUCUAAAGCCUUCGCAGAGAUGUCAGAGCUGGCUGAGCUUCCCUGGCCCCCUCCAGUGGGGCAGCAGCUGGAGGAGGAGCUCCCAACCCCCCUCAGAGAGCAAGUACAGUUUGAUGGUGCCGAGUGGGACCGGUCCUCGUCCCCCACGGAGCGCCUGCGUCCUCCCAGGUCCAGUCCCCUGGCAGGAGGGGGUAUGAAGUUCCGGAUGCCCUGCUCUGACCCCCACAACAUGAUGGGGGAGAGAGUAGACCCCACCCUGCCCCUGGAGAAACAAGUGUGGUACCACGGGGCCCUAUCACGUUCAGAGGCGGAGUCUCUUCUGACCCUGUGUAAGGAGUGUAGCUACCUGGUGAGGAACAGCCAGACCAGCCGCAAUGACUACUCCCUCUCACUACGGAGCUGCCAAGGUUUCAUGCACAUGAAGUUCAGCCAGUGUAAGGAUGGGAAGUACGUCCUUGGGCAGAACAGCCUGCCAUUCGACACCAUCCCAGAGGUCAUCCACUUCUACACCACACACAAGCUACCAAUCAGAGGAGCCGAACACUUGUCUCUGCUCUUCCCCGUGCUCGUACAGACCCUCUGAUUGGCAGGGACUCUGUUCCUGGUAUCCUGGGUCACAUUGUGAUUGGACACUGACUUUAGAUUGGGUAAAUCCCUUCAAUAUUCAAGUCAAUCAGGCCGCCAGUGCUCUAGUUGGACUGGACUAUUUUGUUGAGGAUUCAGCAUCUGCUGGCUUGUCAGUACAGUACCUUCACGGACCUUCUUGUUUCUAUGAUGCCAACUCUCUCUGAUUUGGGAACAGAUUCACAUAAAAUGCAAUAUCUGGACUAUACCGGCGCCUUCGGUACCUGGGAUGCUCUCUGGAUUACCUGUUGCAGAAUGAGCCUCUCACUGAGCUAGUAUUGCUCCACUGGUUGACAGUCUCAAGGAAAACUUGGUUGUACUCACACAAACACACCUCUGUUGAUUUGAUACUUUCUGUACUGUUGAGUAAAUCCUAUCAUGUUGACAAAUUGGAAGUCAAACCCGCAUCACUGUAUGGCUGUUGUAGCAGCAGCUGUAGGGCUGUGUCUAAUUGUACUACUGUUUCCAUGUGUUUGUCAUAAUGAGAUGUAUGUCUGGACCCCUUCACUGCCUGGUUGCAGUGCUCUGUAGUUGACCAGCACCAUUUUCAGUAGAGGGCCAAAGGUUUAUAUGGCCACAUAAAUGGCCAAAUCACAAUGAUAAUGGGUGUUAUGUUUUAAUGAUCAUUCUUAUUACCUGGAUAUUCAAUGACUUUCUCAUCUCUGAUGUAUAAUUAUGGAUAGGACAUGUUUUCUCAUUUACCUGCUGUGUUCAAACGUUUCACCUGUGGUAAAAACAAUAAAUGGUUUCUUAAAAAGCA